GCGCGUGUAGUUUUGAAGAGGUUGUACAAUCUCAAGGUAAAGUUAUGGAUGCUCUUUUGUUGUGUUCAUAUAUUAAUAUAUGGUUAUAGGAUUCUACUGCAGCUUUGGCAGUCAUCCACUCUUCCAUAGAGGACGAAGAGGUGGCGCGUAGAAAGUCGUUGAAGGCGCAACUGAACAAUCAACGAUCACCGUAUGAUGACGACUUGAGUGAUGGUGGAUCUACCUAUAGUGAAAAAGGCAAAGACAAGUAUAUGGAUUGGGCUUGAGGCUCGUGGUCUCCACCACCACUACCACAAAAAGAUCUCCCUUAUGAUGGCGACUGGCCUAAAUAUCUCUUUUCAUCCUCCCCCACCUCCUAUCCUUAAUUAACACGCCAAGACUCUUUAUGAAAAACACUCUCUUUUUAAUUGUAUGCAAGAAUGAUUUAUGCCAAAUGAUUCCUAUGCUUCCAUCAAUAUGAUCACAUAUGCCACCACAGUUAUGUUAUGAUAUAUUCCCUAUUUUAUAUUCGUACGUGCCCGUCACCACUAUUAAACUCGUCCAAAAGUCUAUAAGCACCUGAACGAGAUAUGCCGCAUACCGUAGCCGCUUUAGGGACAGAUAAUCCCU